UUGUAUUAAAUGUGAUGAACAGUUGGUAGUUGAGAUGAUUUAAUGCAAAUUUGAAAAGGGGCUAUAAAGACCCUUUUGUUAAGGGUUAAUUUCUCAUCAAUGAGCUAGCUGAUCACUCUUUUAAAGAUACUAACAAAAUGGUACGAGUCAAGAGGAGAGUAGCUUUGUUGUCAUUGCUUUGUAUUCAUAUUCUUGUAGUGGGUGUGCUUGCCAGAGAUGCUGUGUCCGUAAGGAACGAUGAGGAUGAGAAGUUCUUAGGCAUUGGAAAGGGUGGUGGAUUCGGAGGUGGUUUUGGUGGCGGAGGAGGUGCUGGUGGAGGCGGUGGUUUUGGUGGUGGAGCUGGCGGAGGUGGUGGUGCUGGGGGAGGUGGAGGAUUUGGUGGUGGAGGUGGGGGUGGCGGUGGCUUUGGAGGUGGUGCAGGUGGUGGAUUUGGUGGUGGAGCAGGUGGAGGUGCUGGUGGAGGGAUUGGGAAAGGUGGAGGCCUAGGUGGUGGAAUUGGAAAGGGUGGUGGGAUAGGAAAAGGUGGCGGCUUAGGUGGUGGAAUUGGAAAGGGUGGAGGACACGGUGGUGGAAUUGGAAAGGGAGGAGGACUAGGUGGUGGAAUAGGAAAAGGUGGUGGGAUAGGUAAGGGCGGUGGUCUUGGUGGCGGAAUUGGAAAAGGUGGUGGCGUUGGUGGUGGGAUAGGUAAGGGCGGCGGCCUUGGAGGUGGGAUAGGAAAAGGUGGUGGCAUUGGUGGUGGGAUAGGUAAGGGCGGUGGCCUUGGAGGUGGGAUAGGAAAAGGUGGUGGCAUUGGGAAGGGUGGUGGCGUUGGUGGUGGGAUAGGUAAGGGCGGUGGCCUUGGAGGUGGGAUAGGAAAAGGUGGUGGCAUUGGUGGUGGAAUUGGAAAAGGUGGAGGGCUAGGUGGUGGAAUUGGUAAGGGCGGUGGUCUUGGAGGUGGGAUAGGCAAAGGUGGUGGAGCUGGUGGAGGUUUCGGCAAAGGUGGUGGUGUCGGAGGAGGGAUUGGAAAAGGUGGUGGAUUUGGAGGUGGUGCUGGAGGAGGGGUCGGCGGAGGUGGUGGAGCUGGUGCUGGUGGAGGUUUUGGCAAAGGCGGUGGAUUUGGUGGAGGAAUUGGAAAAGGUGGUGGGUUUGGUGGAGGUGGUGGAUUUGGAGGUGGCUCUGGCGGUGGAUUUGGCAAAGGAGGAGGGUUUGGAGGAGGAGUAGGAGGUGGUUCAGGAGGUGGGUUUGGAGGAGGAGGUGGGUUCGGAGGUGGUGGGGGUGGGGGAGUCGGACGCCAUUAAACAUCAACGUUGCAUGCAUGCAAUAUUAUUUUAGUAAUUAGACCAUCGGAGUAUUUUUAUUUUUUGGUUUGGAUUAUCAAAAAAUCAUCAUAUUUGCAGUUUGUCUUGUACUUUAAUAUUUUUGUGAAAGUUGUAAUGUUACGUAGUAACAGUCUCUCUUACCAGUUGCUACCGCUCUCUUCAAUAAGCUAAUCUUUGCAGGAAUUAA